UAUAAGUUUGAAUUCUGAUUGUUCAUGUUAUGUGUAAACUGGCUAGAAUGUCAAUGAUCACCAAGUAACUCUGUUGAACAUGUUUACGCAAGCAUAUUUCUAUUAUAUACUUUUCCUGUCAUGUGUACGUGUUGUAGAAGGAGAAUGUGAUCGCGAUACUGGACCGAGUGGGGUUACUGAAUGCUUCCAGUCUACUACCUAUUAUAAUGCAUAUCAAUGGGGCACAUGUCUUACUGAUGUAUAUAUAAAAGAAAAGACGAAGGGUAAAUAUCAGUGCAGUGACAGAAGCAGAACAUAUUGUUACUACCAAUGCAUGAUAGAACUUCAUGACGUGGAGUCGGGAUCAGUUUAUGAUGAUUGCAAAUGUGAAAAUGGCCAGGAAUAUACAGAGUCCAAUUUGACUUUACCCUCGAGGUGUUACAGUCCUUCAGGAGCAGACUGUUCCUGGUAUCGGGAUUGUUUAGAGAGAAAGUUUAAAUGCAACGGAACAGAAGACGACUAUGCAAUUGCGUUUGCUACAAAAUUUUGUAAUUUGUAUUCACAAAAUUAUCAAGAUUUUUCACAGGACGGACAACAGUGGAUAGAUGCCGUCAGAAAAUGUCUGCAAGUUUCUUUAGUACAAACUCUCCGUCCUUAUCUAUCUUACACAUGCAAGGAUGUGAAGCGAAUAGCGUUUGAUUCUCACACGCCAUGUUAUGUUAAACCAAUUCCAGAGUCUCCUUCAAUUUCCGUUUGCAAUCUAGGUGCAUCAGAUUACUUCUCUGUAUUUUGGACAAUCCAAUCCAGCUUAAGAGUGUCGACCGAUUCGUCACUUCGUACAAUCAGAAGCAUGUUCGAAACUUUAAAACAAUGCACUAUGUCUUUCCUUCCCAGUUUUAGUUUUGAUGGACCCCUUCGCUUAGUUAAACUGAAGUUGAAAUAUUUAUUUAUUUCUGGUAGGCGCCGACGAUCAAAUUCGGAUACUAAAAUGAAAAUUUUAAAUGAUUUCGUAGAUUCCAUGGCGUACAAACUUCACUGGCAGGAAAACGGGGUUCUUUGGUUUUCUGACCCUGAAAUUAGCUUAAACAUUUCUGCUUCCAGCAAAACGUUUAUCAAUAUCUUUCUAACUGACCGAAAUGUUUAUGAUCUAGACGUAAAAAACACAACUGUACCAACCAAUAUUAACACUACUAUAAACGACUUAAAGAAAAUGACACAAACGGGCGAUCUCAAUGGCAACAUAGGCGGUUUUUCUAUCAAGAUUCUAUCAUCACAAGGAUGCUUAGAUGCAAGCUGUGACACAUUGUUAUUCAAUGUAACUGCAAAUGAUAACGGAGUUAAAGGAGAUGGAUCCAUGUGUUUAACCAAUUUGAUGAUCAUGGUUGUUGGUAUUGGGAUCUUCUUUUCAUUACGAGGAAGUUAAUCACAGUGGUCUCUACCGUGAAUAAUAACAGCAUACAAAAAACCCACGAAUUUGCAAAAAGCGCACAUAUAUUUUUGGGAACAAUUACUCUCAAGAUAUUGAUUUAAUAUAUGGAAAAGUGAUAUAAAAUGUUUAUAAUACUUUAUAAAUUUCG